CCCUCCUCCUUCUUGCCCAUACAAUGAAGUCUUUAAAGAGAUCCCGGGUUGCCCGCUAACAUGCUGGGGUUGUGCCAGUACUUAUCCGGUGGCAUGCUGGACCAUUUCUCUGAACUGAGCAAAGAAUUUGAUCUAUGCAGAAGAAGAAGCACUCCGCACCUGGUUUGUGAGUGCUGCUGUAAUGAGAUUAUUUGCGGUUAUAGAUCAAAUUAUGACAUCAUCAUCCAAAGGAAUUUUCCGGCCAUUUCUAGUUAUCUUCAUUGUGCUGGGAUGUUUCAUGGCAUGUCUGCUUAUUUACAUCAAGCCAACAAGCAGCUGGAUUUCUGGUCCUAUCGAAUCAGCCAGCUCUGUUCUCAAAAUGAAGAGCUUUUUCUCCACUAAAAGUGAUUACAUUAAUGAGACGACUAUUCUGAUCUGGGUAUGGCCAUUUGGUCAGACAUUUGAUCUCACACUCUGCCCAACAUUUAACAUCCAUGGUUGCCAUCUGACUACUGACCGGACAUUAUAUAACCGAUCUCAUGCUGUACUUAUUCAUCACAGAGACAUCAGUUGGGAUCUAACUAAUUUACCUCAGCAACCUAGGCCACCAUUUCAGAAGUGGAUCUGGAUGAACUUAGAAUCACCAACACACACUCCACAAAAGAGUGGAAUUGAACAUCUGUUCAAUCUGACCCUCACUUAUCGCCGUGAUUCAGAUAUUCAAGUGCCUUAUGGCUUCAUGAUGGUUAGCACAAGCUCCAUUCUGUUUGAAGUCCCAAAUAAGGAGAGGUUGGUGUGUUGGGUGGUGAGCAACUGGAACCCUGAGCACGCUAGAGUUAAGUAUUACAAUGAGUUGAGUAAAUACCUUGAAAUCCAUACAUACGGGCAAGCAUUCGGAGAUUAUGUGAGUGAUAAAAACUUGAUCCCAACUAUUUCUACUUGUAAGUUCUACCUUUCCUUUGAGAAUUCUAUACACAAAGACUACAUUACUGAGAAACUUUACAAUGCAUUUCUAGCUGGGUCUGUGCCAGUUGUACUGGGUCCUCCAAGAGAAAACUAUGAAAAUUACAUCCCAGCAGAUUCUUUCAUACACGUGGAGGAUUUUCUGUCUCCAAGAGACCUUGCAGAAUAUCUUCUGAUGCUUGACAAAAAUAACAAAAUGUACCUUAGCUAUUUCAACUGGAAAAAGGAUUUUUCAGUGCACCUUCCUCGGUUCUGGGAAACCCAUGCAUGCCUUGCUUGUGAUCACGUAAAAAGGCACCAGGAGUACAAGUCUGUCGGUAAUUUAGAAAAAUGGUUUUGGAAUUAAACUUUUAUUUUUUUUAUAGUAUACUUUGUCAACAAGGAAAAGAAGACAGAGAAAACACUCCUGAGUAAGACUUCAUUGUUUAUCACCUGUCCUAUGCUGGGUUCAGUGCAUUCCAUUUAUACUUUCUCUCCUUAAUAUGAAUCCUUCAUUCAGUUCAAACCCUAGAUUUGUUUCUCCACUCUCUCUUUGCCCUCCUUUGAAAGAUGUUAGGUGAAAAGAAUCCACCAAUAUUGUACACUGUCUGUAUCACU